ACACACGCGCGCAGCAUAUUAAAACAAGGGAGAUUACUCUAAUAUAAUUUUCAUCACAUUUGAAUCAUCUUUUUGUCAUUGUUUUUAUUGCUUCUGUCUCGGGUCUGUUUCAAGUCCAUUAAGUUACUGCUGCAGUGAUGGCCCCAACAUUUGUGGAUUUGAGAAGUGAUACAGUCACAAAACCUUCCCAGGCCAUGAGGGAGGUCAUUGCUAAUGCUGAAGUGGGAGACGAUGUUCUCAGAGAAGAUCCAACUAUCUUAGCCUUAGAAGAAAAAUGUGCAAAACUUCUUGGCAAAGAAAAGGCCUUAUUUGUUCCUUCAGGGACCAUGGCAAAUUUAUUAAGCACUAUGAGUCACUGUCAGGAAAGAGGCUUGGAAAUCAUAAUUGGAGAUCAAGCACAUGUUGGUAUUUGUGAACAAGGCAAUGUUGCACAAAUUGCUGGAGUGUUUGCAAGAAUCAUCCCCAACCAGAAAAAUGGAACUCUUGAUCUUGCUACACUUGCCAAGACAAUAUCAACAGGAAGUAAUGCCCACCACUGUAAAACGAAAGCUAUCUACCUGGAAAAUACUCAUAAUAGCUGUGGAGGGAAAAUAUUACCUUUAGAUUAUCUACAAAAGGUGUAUAAUUUAGCACAGGAAAAUGGUAUCAAGGUGCAUAUAGAUGGUGCACGCCUUAUGAAUGCAGCUGUUGCUCUCGGUGUUCCUGCUUCUGAAAUAACAAAAUACUGUGAUUCUGUCAGCAUGUGUUUCAGUAAAGGAAUUGGUGCUCCAGUUGGGUCUGUUUUAGUCGGUACUGAAUCUUUCAUCUCAAGGUUUGUAUCAAGUUAUAUUAUUAUUUAUUUCAUAUUGUAACGUUAACAAAU